GCUUGUGCAAUCAGCAGCUCCUCCCCCAAAUAGAUCUCAAGAUAAUAAUCCCUAAUAGAUCAAGCCAUGAAGAUGUGCAGUUUACCAGUCAGCCUGUGGCCUGUGGCCAUAGCCUGCCUUCUAGUGAAAUUAACCCAAGGUGAUCAAAACCUGGAUGAGUUUGUGAGACAGUACCAGACGGUAACUGUAGUGCCCAACGUUGUCAGUACAACUUCUAAAUCACUGACUGCUGAAAUUAAUUUCAAAGCUUUUGAGAGGGACUUCAAUAUUCAUCUGGAAACUCAUAAGACGUUAUUUGAUCCUGAAUUUCAUGUGGAGAUUAUAGGGAAAACUGGAAGAUCUGUGAAUCGUGAUACUGACACAAGAGGUUAUGUCACCGGCUAUGUUAAAGGUGAAGUUGGCUCUACUGUUCAUGGCAGAGUGGCAGUAAAUGCAGUGGACAUUGUUAUCAAAUCCCAAAGGGAGACGUAUCAUUUGGAGCCCUCUUCUAAGUAUGGCCUGCAUGGCAACUUCAACAGUGUGGUGUACAGGACCAGUGAUGUCGUGUAUGAGCUGGAGCACAAGUACUGCACAAGUACCGACUUUCCAAUGCUAAGACUUGUACAGGAGUCAGCUAAGCAGCAGCUUCACAGCGAUACCCUAACUAGUGAACUAAAAAGAAAGAGAGCAGUGGACAAUGACAAGAACACUUGCAGAAUUAAGAUAGUUGCAGAUUAUGAAUUCUACAGUAACAUUGGGAACUUGUUAGAAUCAACAACUCUAAGUAUAAUGAUGGAUCAUAUAAUGGCCUCAGACAAAAUAUACAGACGUACAAAGUUCAUAGGUACAAGUGGGGAGGAGAUGUCCACAGAAUUUGGACUAUCAGUGGCUUCAGCACAGAUCUACAUGGAUGAAAACCCGGCAACAAACCCUCUGGUUGGUGGCUUCUCAACUUCAGAGCUAUUGGAAUCAUUUGCAUCACUGGAGUUCGAUGAUGUCUGUCUCGGUCAUCUAUUCACGUACAGAGAUUUUCAAGGGGUUGUUGGACUCGCUUAUCUUGCCGACCCAAGUGGGCAAUUAGCUGGUGGAAUUUGUCAAACGCGCACUAGAACUGCAAAGGGAGAUUUAAACCUCAACACAGGAUUCACUUCUCUACUGAAUUUCGGCAGAAGGGUUCCUCAAGCAGUGUCCACCAUCACGGUCGCACAUGAACUCGGCCAUAAUCAUGGCUCCCCUCAUGAUCCUGCUGAUAAUGCAGAAUGCUCGCCUGGAGGUAGCGCACCCAAGUACAUUAUGUUCCCCAGUGCCACUGACGGUGGACUUGAAGAAUUCUCCAUCUGCAGUAGAAGAUCAAUCGGAGCAACGCUGGAAGCUAGAAGCAGCAGCUGCUUUGUGCCAGAGCCUUCUGGUUCAGAGUGUGGUAAUGGCGUAGUGCAGUCGGGAGAGGAGUGCGAUUGUGGCACUAAAAAUGAGACCUUGUGCGAAGCUAUCGACUCUUGCUGCACAGUAAACUGUACUCUAGCACCUGGGGCUAUUUGUAGUGCUGCUGCCAGCUCCUGCUGUGAUGGAACCAGCUGCAGUGCUCUACCGGCUGGCACAGCAUGUCGGACUGGCGAUAUUGCUCAGGAAGGUUGUCAAGAUGAUGCUGUAUGUAAUGGUACCUCCCCUGAAUGCCCCCCCACCACGCCCCUCCCGGAUGGUGCCAGCUGUAACAAUGGAGAGAAUGUGUGUGAGGAUGGAUCUUGUAUUGGAUCUCCAUGCUCGUUGUUCAAUAGCUCACAGCCAUGCUUCUGCAUGAAUGAAGAGGAGUUGUGUGAUAUCUGCUGUUUAUUUGACGGAGAGGGUGGAGAAUGCACUUCGACCCUCAACAGAGAAGGAGUGAAUUACACCCAAUUGUUACCAGGCUCCCCGUGUGCCAACUUCUCAGGAUAUUGUACCAGUGAACACAAUUGUCUCCGCAUCAACAACGAUGAUCCAUUGAACAAUCUAAAAAAUAUACUUGAAGUAGGCUUUACUUCUAUUGCAAAAUGGCUGGAGACAUACUGGUAUUGGAUUGUCGUCGGAUUGGUUGGUUUCAUUGUCCUGAUAGUUCUUGUUCAAGUCACUUAUCGUCGGAAGAAGAUCAGUUCAAAUAUAACUGAAGAGAACGACACCAUUGCUACUAGCAACCAGAGGAGAGGUGGGCGAUUGAACAAGAGGAGAAGAAGAAGAGGACAGGAACAACCUACUGCCCAGACUUAUGGCUACUUUCAGAGAAGACCCAUUGAAGAAGAAGCUGAGACAAGCACUCUUAUUUAUAAUAACUAACUAUCAUUUUAUUUUUUACUUUUGUAUGUGUGCUUACACUAUUGUUAUCCUGUCCCAUUUAUGUCCUGAAUGUUCAGUGCAGCAGAGGAAUGUCUCUUUGUUGAAAUUACAAA